AUGUGUAUGUUCUAUGAUGUUUAUUUGUCCCCCUAAUUUUAUAUUGACGUGAAUAUUUUUAUAAGAAAUUUGAUAUGAAAAUAUGGAAGAAGAGGAUGUUCGUGCUCUGUCAAGUUGGCAUGGGGAGCCUAAUUUUCAAGAAGACUGGUUUCGAAAUAGUGCCAUGGAGCGCAUACUGUCAAACUGUUUUGUGGAAAAUCUCAGAAUCCAAAAUUUGUUUAACACAAAGGCCAGGCCUCGUAAACCUCAAAUAAAUGUUCUACAGCCGGAACCACAGGCAAAAAUUAGUGUGUACGUACCAGGUGGUAAAAUAUCAGUGGAGAGUACUCUCAGAUCUGAAUUGACCUCCAAAGAACAAAAAGAAUAUUUGAGACUCUACCUUGCCUACAAAUGCAAGGGCAAGGGUGCAUUACAGAAACAAGAAGAGAACAUGUUUACCUUUCUGCGUCAAAAAGUGGUAGAAGAAAACGUAAAGUAUGAAGAGUUUGUUCAAGCUUCAGCAUCAAAGAAAGAAGAAGACUAUCAUCUACAGGAAAGCAUUAGGAUUUACACAUCCCAGGCUUGGCAGUUCCGACUCGCAGCUGUUGAUGAGUACCCAGCAUUGUUCAAGGUGAUAGCCACCCUACCCCUCGUGACAACUUUGGAUGGAUCCCUCGUUAGAAUGAAGCUGGAACGCACUGUCCUGGAAUUGGGAGAGGCUCCGAAUAUUUCACCGCCACAGUUCCAGUCCAAACUGUGUUGCGGUGGGCAGUACGAUAAAUUGUGUCGUGACUACCCUAUCCACAAGAGUGUUAUGAAAAUGUGCCCAGUUAGCAAGGAUGCAACUGCUGAAAGGCUUGCUCUCGCUCACAAUGCAGACAUUGUGAUCUCGUCAAGCGCAUUGCUGCACUUGGCAGACAACUACCCAAACUUCGACAAAGUGUGGGACAUUCCGGUUGUAAUCAAAGAACUGGAGCAUGAUGUGGGAUCUGGAAAUAUGAAAAAAAUAAUAUUUAUUGAUAAAGCCCUUCCAUCUACAACUAUGACAGCCGAACAGAGAAAUCUUUGGUUCCAUAAAAUAGCGGUGAAGAAGAUGUUCUGUUGUCAGAAUAAGCCUGAUUCAAAGCACACUGUCAAGAGACCAACAUUUGUUGCUAAAAAGCGCAAUAAAAAGUGUAAAAAAAAUCGACACAAGAAAACAAGCUCAGUGCAGGAAGUUGAAAACGCACCAGGCUCUGAGGUUUUAUCACAGACGGGAAGUAAUGCCUCAGGGAGCGAUGAGCCAGAAGCAAAAGAGAGGUCGGCCAGGGACACCACAGAAGUACCUGCGUCACCAGCGGGGACUAUAGGAGACGCGGGCAUUUCCCAACGAGGUGUGAAGCGCAAGCAGGUCGUUGCAUCCGGGGGUCCAGGGGCCGAGUCGGAUGGCGAUGACGAGAGUGAUGGGUCUAGCUCAGGCUCGGAAGGUAAGCUCAUGAUCGCGUGCGACGAAGCUGGCGGUGGGCGGGCGAGAGUGUCUAAAAAGAGGAGGACGUUGAGUUUCGACGACAGCGAAGAUGAUAUGUUCAUCGAUCAGGGAACUGGCGGAGAGGACAAAAAAGUUUUGGAAAAGUUGUGUGGUGAAGAGAAGGAGGAUGAUUAUGAUGAUGAUGAUUCUCCACCUGACGAGGUGAAAGUGGACAAAAGUGCUUUUCAAGAUGAGCCAAUGGAGCAUCCAAGUGCACAGCAGUCAAAGGAAGAAGAGGAGGACUUGCCGAGCAGUUUACAGGAACCGUCAGUGGAUUCUUGCAUCGCGUACAGCAUGUGGCAGCUUUGCUUGCAGGAGAAUGAAAAGGAAGAUUUGAAAGAAAGGAUCCUAAAGAAAAAAAUCCAAAAUAAACAUUUACGAAUUUUGGUGAGGUGCAAAGUUGAUGGUGUAAAGACUGUAGAAGGGGAGUCACAGAAAAUGUGCAUUGUGCCAAAAAUGGAACACAAGGUUGAGUUUGGCGCAGAGAGGUUGUCUUCGAGCGAAAUAAUCAGAUCUUGGGUGACACUGUUCUUUAGACCAGGAGUGAACCUAGCGCGAGUUCGUAUAGAUGCCAAGACGUCGGAAGUGCUAAUGUUUGAGGAGACUAAUUUGAAGGAACUAAUGGAGUACGCAAGUUUUUCAAAGUUUCCAGUACAAUCUACAGUGUUGGGAACAUUGUACACAGUUCUGACUGCGAUAGACGGCUAUAAGCCAGGAACGUACCUCAUGUCGCACCGUCGUGAUAGUUUCUUCAACUUCCUGCAAGCAGACAUGAAUGGCCGGCAUGAUUUGAAGACUGUUUACCGUGUCAACUGUAACGAAGUGUCUGCAAGCAGGCAGUCCCAGUACCUGCCAGUUGACCCGAGCGUCCUCAUGCCUCGCAACGUCAUCUGUGGGAGAAUUCCCGGCACGUUCACUCCUAAACCGAUUGCAAGGCCGGGCGUGAAAAAGAAAAAGUUUAAGAAAAGGAAAAAAUGAUCUGUACAUGGUUUUUCUUUGACUUCUGUUGUAUGAUAAAUAUUUCUGUGAAUAAGAAGUACCUUUAUGAUAACAGUACCUACUGUAAUCAUUUGAAAGAAAUAGGUAGUUAAUUAAAUACACUAAAACAUUUUUUUUUAUAACAGUAGUAGUGUUUUCUUUGUGACAAAAUAUACGUUUUGCUGUUGCUACCAUAAUUUAAAAGCAUGAAACCCAAAACUACAAUGUAUAAACAACUUUUAGAAAGGCAAUUCAUUGAAACAUAGUUCUUUUGUACUAAACUCUUGAUAAAUGAUGUUAAUUAGGGACUGAAAACCAAUUAAAACAUGUCUGAGUGAAUAAUGAAAAAAGAUCAAGAAAAUUAAUAAAUUGUUGCUCUAUUUCUUUUGUAAAUACAGAAACCUGUUAUAAUGUUUUUUUUCAACUUAUCAUAUUUUUUUAAUUCUCAAAUAUUUCUUCAUGAAGACAAUGUAUUUACUUCCUAUGUAAUGUUUUAUGAAUUAUGCAUUUACUUAUAUUCUCGUAAAAAUUCAACGAAUACAAAAUAAAACAUUCCAAAACUUAUCACAUUUGUGAAGUUUAACAAGUUACACUGUUUAAUUUACACUUAUUGUUCUUUUUUGUUUGCAAUAAUUAAAACAUUGAUAAGUGCUAAUUUGAUAUUUUCAAAUUAUAAUGUCGUCCCCUCAGUCAUUAAUAUGAAAUUAGGCAUUAGUCCCCUGCAUUGUGAAGCUAUCAAAUUUUUCUUACAACCUCUGAGUGUACAGUCUAAUAAUUUGCAAAAGCAUAACUAUUAACCUUGCACAAACAUCAGUCCUAAAGUGAAAUCUCAUUUUGAAAUUCCUGAACAACCCAGUUGUUUUUUGUUUUUUGUACUUAAUGAGUACUUUAUACUGAACUGUCACUGGAUGUAAAACAUCAUGUACAGAUUUGAAAACUUACACUUUAAAGUAAGAAAUCAGUUAGUAAGGUAUUUUGUACUGAUGUUUUACUGUAGUAUAACCAUCAUAUCUCAGUUGGACAAGGGUGUUAAGAUGGUUAAUGUUCUUAAGCUGAUUUAAAAAAUUGUUUUUCAAAUUUUUAAAAAAUUAAAACUUAAUAAAUAUGAAAGGCCAGUGCAUACACAUAACUAUUCUGAAACAUAGACCGAGAGCCCAAGGAGGGAUAUGUUGAAGUGUGACUCCUGCAGUGGAAACUGAAACCAUGUUUGACCUUACAUGUGACGCUAUCUGUUGAGUGGGCCCACAACUACUAGCGGGAAAAAAAACUCUGGUAGGAGGUUCAAAUCCAAAGUGUUAACUUUAUAAUGAUGAUUUAACUAAUUGGUGACUAAUUGCUUGAUAGAAGAGAUUUUAACUAAAAACUAAAUACUGUUUUGUAAUAAAGAAAAAGCAUGUGCCAUAUCACAAUGUAUGUGAGUACCAAAAUAAAGUGAAUUAAUUGUCA